AUGGGUAAAUGUGAACACGUAAUUUUGAUGGCUCUAUUAGCCAUCCUAUUUUUAAUUGGGGAUAUUUUGUCGUUUCAAAGUGUGAAUGACAUUGGGACAGAAGAUCCUCUUGUCUCGGAUCGUAAUCUACUAGAAAGUCGCUUGUCCGCAAAAAUCCGCCAAUUGGUCCAGGACACUAAAACUUCGACUGAGCUUCCUGCUGUCGGGAUUGACUUACGGUUUUUCGUUCCAUAUUACUAUGAGUGGCUGGUAGUUGCAAUAAUUGGAUAUACUGGAUCUUGGUCGCACCAUUUACUUGGGUCAUCGGCGAUAGAGGAUGAUUUCACCAUAGAAUUCAUUAAUGUUGAAGGCGACUUUUUAGCGAAGCUAAGAAUCCAGGCUUCUCGACUCAAAGUUCAGGGAAAAUAUCAGACCGAUCUAAAAGAUGAUCCCACUUUUCGGAGCACACCGAACAUAACAUUCGAUGGGAACAGACGAUACGACAUGUCGCUCAACUCGUUUGAAUUUUUUCUGCAAGUCGAAGGACGAGCACCACCCGUUGGAAAUGUGUCCAUUAUCUCAGCCAAGAUUUCUAUUGAUUUCAAAAAUCCUGACGUCAAUUUUACAAAUCUUUCUCUAAUUAGUCAUGCGCUGAAGAAUCUUGCAAGUCGAUUCGCUGCAACUUUUCAACCUGAUGGAAGCGCACUUUCGAGUCAACCUGAUCACUUCGUUUCAACUGCAUCUUUGAUCAAUCCGGACCAUCCUAUCAACAUUCCCGACAUCGAGACGCAAGUACUGUAUCGAAAUCAAGACUGGGAUUCAUUCGGGGGGUAUCUUAGAAUCAGAAGCUCGACAGCCAUUGGAUUUGAUGGACAGGAGAAUAUCUUUACAGAAUUUAUCGAUGAAAAUGGAGCAUUUAUUGCCAACUACUCAUUAACAUUUCCAAUUUUAAUCGUCAGUGGAUUCUACGAGACCGAUUUGACACUAUAUUUAUCGAUAUCGGAUAGAACUGAAGGUCAAGGCAGACUUUUUGGAAGUGGGGAUUAUAAUUGGGAGCUAAAAAACGUAAGCUUAAAGAUUAGCGCGAGGGGACGGGCACCAAUUGACGGAGCAUCGAAGAUCACGGUGUCCAAUGUCAGCGUGGAGAUGUCGCACGAAAAUCACUACACUCGGCAGGGACUCAACUUCACAAACAUGACGAGUGAGCUGUGGUCCUUCAAUGGCACUUUGGGAAUGCACGUCCGUCCUUACAAUUGGCACCAGGUGAUCCAAGAUCAUCGCUUUCUUUUGGAGGAUUUUUUUUAUAAUGUUCGUUACGGCCAACGUCCUCUCCAAGAUACGUUCAAGGAUUCUGUAGCUCAACAGUUGCAGUGUGCUCUCAAUUACACGCUAAAUGUAAGUCAUUUGACAAGUACAUAUAUGCAUGCAAAUAUGUAUGUUUGAAUGCAUAUCGUACAACCGACUGCACUACACAUGUGUACAUAUUUAUACAUGUAUAUGUGUUCAUACUUAUAUUAUUUUAAAAUAAAAAUGACCACAAGAUAAUAUUUAAUUUGCGUGCCUUCAGGGUUGUACAAUUCUGGAAUUACUGUUUUCAAGGGACUGUCUCCGAGUGGAAAGAAACGAUGAAUGUUUUGGUGGACCCUCAAUGUCGGUGGCACUGUUAGGUAUAUGUAUGCCUACGUAGAUAUGUAUAUGUAAUUAGUUAUGAAUCUGUACUCACUCCAGCUUUAACUCUCUACUAAUAAAUACUCUCCUCUGUCUCCUCUCACUGUGUACCACUUAUUUAUGUAUAAUCAUAUAUACAUAACAUUGGUGGACCGUCGAGUACUUUCUUUCGCUCCUCCCACUCACAAUGGAUUUUAAAAUUUUCAAAAUUCUUCGUCAGACAUAUUACCUACCAAAUUACCUAACAGCACCUUCGACGACAAUUUACACCACUGAAAUGCCAACUUUACCCCCAGAAACUACCACCACAAACGCCCCAACAACGACAACCAUCUCGUCGGAGUCAACUUGGAUUACUGAGAUUUCAUCUACAAUGAGACCUUCAACCACAACGCAAAGGCCGGAAUUACCGGAUAAUGCCGGCCUACUCCUAAAUCAAACCCAAAUCUUGCUCGACCAGACACAACUAUUACUUCGGUUGGUGCAAGCAGGAAUAUCGUUAACCUGAAAUUAUU